CACCGUUAUCGUCGAUGCUCCUCCCCAUUGCUGCCACCGUAUCCCUCUUCCUCCUCUUCACUACUCCGGUGACCGGGUGGCGACCAUGGUCAAACCAGAAACCAAACACCGCCAAUACCACAGCUGAUCUGGAGUUCGGAGGCUCAAAGAAGUAUGAAGGUUCUUCUGAGUUCGUCAAACUCAAGUACCACAUGGGUCCAGUUCUAACCAACAACAUUACCCUCCACAUUAUCUGGUACGGCCACUGGCAGAAAUCCCAGAAACGCAUCAUCCGUGGCUUCCUCAACUCCAUCUCCGCCGUAGAUACCAAACACCCCUCCGUAGCCGGUUGGUGGAAGACGGUCCAGCUUUACACUGAUCAAACCGGAGCCAACAUUAGCCGUACCGUCAGACUCGGUGAAGAGAAAAACGACCGCUUCUACUCUCACGGCAAGUCUCUCACUCGUCUCUCCAUUCAAUCCAUUAUAAAGAUCGCCGUUACAGCCCGAACCAAACCCUUACCCAUCAACCCAAAGAACGGUCUAUACCUGCUCUUCACCUCCGAUGAUGUUCAGGUAGAAGAUUUCUGCAGUCAGAUUUGUGGGUUUCAUUACUUCACUUUCCCUUCAAUCGUUGGAUACACUUUACCUUUCGCUUGGGUAGGCAACUCGGCUACCCAGUGCGCUGGAGUGUGCGCGUACCCAUUUGCGGUGCCGUCGUACAUUCCGAAUCUGAAGCCGGUGAGGUCACCAAACAGUGAAGUGGGUGUGGAUGGGAUGAUAAGCGUGAUAGCACACGAAUUAGCAGAGCUGGCAACGAACCCAUUAGUGAACGCUUGGUAUGCAGGGCAAGACCCAAGUUUUCCGGUGGAAAUCGCCGAUCUGUGUGAAGGGAUAUAUGGAACAGGAGGUGGUGGAUCUUACACAGGGCAGAUGUUGGAAGGAGAAGAUGGAGCAACGUACAACAUGAAUGGGGUGGGAAGAAGGUUUUUGGUUCAGUGGGUGUGGAACCCUACUGUGAAUUAUUGCUCUGGUCCAAAUGCACUCGAUCAGUAGAACUGUGGCUGUAGGGGUAGUACUACUUCACUGGUUACUUGUUUCUACUUCUGUAGUUAGUAAUGGUGGACUUCUUGUCCUCUGGUACUUAUUCAAAUUUCAAAAAAAGAGAAAAAGAAAA